UUUACGCGAGUGUGAUGCGUGUGAUCGAGUUUGCAAGCGUGAGAAUGUAGGUGUGCGAGGUGUGGUGGCGAUGUGGUGUGUGGGACGAGAGGCGAUGCGCAGCGCAACCUCUGAGCAAACCAGCGGUGGAGGUUGCCUGUAGCUUUAGUCUGACACCAUUCGGCUCCCGGUGAGGUGUGCGGCCACGCGCGGCACGGACACUCAGAGUGAAAAAGAGAGGGAGUGCCCGUUUGGACUCACGCGAGAGAAGCAGUGAUCCGUGGGGCUCGGGGACACUCAGCCGCGCCGCCAUGGAGUGUGACAACAUCAAUCGUGAGGACGCGGUUUAUCGCAGCACAGUGGUGGCCCUCGAGGGGGACGCUCCCAGCCCGCCAGGGGGAGUCUUCUACUUCCUGAGGAACAAAGCAGGGCGAUGUUUGAGCCGCAAGACACUGCACCGCCGCCUGCCGUGCCUCACGUGGCUGCGGAGCUACAAUGCCGAGUGCCUGCUGGGGGACCUGGUGGCGGGCUUGACUGUGGGCCUCAUGAUAAUCCCGCAGGCCCUGGCGUACGGCAUCGUGGCGGGCCUUACCCCCAGCGAUGGUCUGUACUCGGCCUUCAUCCCUUGCUUCGUGUACUUCUUGCUGGGGUCCACCAUGGAGAUGAACAUCGGGCCCACGGCGAUCAUGGCCCUGAUGACCUACCAGUACAGCAGCAGCGGCGGGGUGGUCUAUGCCGUGCUCCUCUGCUUCACCUCAGGCCUCAUAGAAUUCGUGUCCGGUGUUAUCAACCUUGGCUUCCUCAUCAACUUCAUCUCGCAGCCUGUCAUCAGUGGCUUCACCUCCGCCGCCGCCAUCACCAUCGCGUCCUCGCAGCUCAAAGCGCUCUUCGGCCUCUCCCUGAAAACCAAGGGCCUCGUGGACACCUGGGUCAAGGUCUUCUCUAACAUUAAGGACUUCAGGUGGCAGGAUCUCACGCUGGGCCUUGUGUGUAUCGUCUUGCUACUACUGCUCAAGGAGGUGCGGUCCAUCCGGUGGCCAUGUCUGGACCACAGUAGCCGUGGCCUGGGACAACGGGUGCUCAAGAAGGUGAUUUUCUACCUCUCAGUGGGACGCAAUGCUCUGGUAGUCAUCAUUGCUUCUGUCAUCGCUUACUCCCUGGAUGGCGAUGACCAGCCCUUCACUAUAACAGGUCAUGUGGAGCCAGGCAUCCCCAAGGCAAGUUUGCCAGCCUUCUCCACAAUCAACACCAACACCAAUGAGACAGUGCCAUUCCCAGAGAUCAUGAGUGACAUCGGCAUUGGGGUGGUGAUGGUGCCUUUCAUCGCCAUCCUGGACCACAUUGCCAUUGUCAGCGCCUUCGCCAAGGGACGCACCUUUGAUGCCACUCAGGAAAUCAUCACACUGGGCAUUGCUAACCUUGUUGGUUCCUUCUUUGGGUCAAUGCCCACAACUGGGUCCCUGUCUCGGUCAGCCGUGAACCUAAGCAGUGGAGUGAGGACGCCUGCUGGGGGCCUGGUGACAGGAGUGAUGGUGCUGCUGUCAUUGGCUUUCCUCACCCCAGCCUUCAGAUACAUUCCGAAGUCCACGUUAGCAGCAGUGAUCAUGUGUGCAGUGAUCCACCUCAUUGACUACUCCAUUGUCAUGCCUCUGUGGCGCAGCAAAAAGAUUGACCUGGUGCCCCUUCUGGUGACCUUCAUAGCCUGCCUCAUGUGGGGCCUGGAGUGGGGCAUCCUGCUGGGCAUUGGCCUUAACCUGUCCAUGUUGCUGUUCUCCAUUGCCACGCCCUCGGUGAAGGUCGCCCUCGUCCCUCCAGGGAAGCAGCAUGGUGGCUACGUCCUGGUGACUCCAGCACAUGGUGUCAGCUACCCAAGCACAUCCCACAUCAGGGCUACCAUCAGGAAGGCUGGGCUCAAGCAGGCUGGUGGCUCCCUCCCAGUGGUUAUUGACUGCACCUUCAUUGACACAGCUGACUACACUUCAGCUAAGGGCAUCAAGGGCAUGGUAGAAGACUUCCAGCUGCGUGGACAGACGUUGGUGUUCCUGUGUAUGAAGCCUCGGGUACUGCAGACAGUGGCAGCCCUGCAUGAUGGCAUCACAGUCUGCUCCAGCUUUGAUGCCUUGCCUGAGGCUCUGGCAGACGGAGAGACUGAGGUGGGCAUAGAGACAGUGAAUGGAGACACCCUCCACCCAGCAGGAGACUUGGUUGUGUCCACCAUGAUCUCCACGCCUACCUCAGACACCAGUGAUGCGGCCAAUCCUUUGCUCACCACCACCACCUUCCUGGAGGAGAAGUAGCAGAUCUUGACGCCCAUCACAAGCACCAAUGUAUAUUCCUUGGCACUCACAAGCUUAUCAGAUGGUUCAGGAAGCCAUCUAGCCUUUCUUUAACUGGUUGGUAAUUCAAAUUUGUAAAUUAUGUAGGCUUGCUGGCUGCACCAAUAUCAUGCGUACAUGGGGUGCAUUUGUAAAGAUUUAAAAAAGUCCACUUGUGCCUGAGAUAAUGACCUGAGGCUUCCAGCAGUGUGCAGUGUUAGUGGGAGAGUAGUGGUAGAUAGGUAGUGGUGAUGCAGCGCUGGGUUGAAGCCCAGUGAGUGGCAAGGGGCACUGGUCUGUGGGGACAGUCAUGCAGGUGGAAAUGUAAUCCUUGAUAUAUGGGCUUUCAGUCAAAAUACCUCAUGAUUAGCAUGAAUCAGAAUUAUUAAUUUCAGGAGAGAUACUAGAAUGCAGAAUGCAAAUGUUCAAAUUAGGAAAAUAUAAAAAUGGAUGUCCGUAAUAUUCAAUGCAUGUAAAUAACAAAAGCCAAUAUGAAGCAUAGCUAUUAAUACUUAUGGAGGCCUUGAAUCACUGUUAGAUUAGUGUUGAUGCUGUAUGUGCAGCUUUAUAAAUUAUUAAAUAUCAUGGCACCUCAUAUUAUUAUUGGCAAAGGGACAACAUAACGAGUAAUGACUAAACAACCACCGAGGCGAGAAUCACAGUGACAAACUGCAAUAAUCUCUUCAUGGGAAAAUAAUGAACCAGAGUGGCAGCGCUGGUCUGCUAGUCUGCUCGUGACAAUACAUGUAGUGGGUACAACUUAUUGGUGUUGACGGCAGCUGCUUAGGUGAAGGUGUUUUGUGUAAAAAGAUUUUGAAAUUCACUUAGAUUAAAUUUUUUGUAGAUUUUUUUGUAGUAUAGUGUGAAUAUAGAAUAAUACAUUUGUUUUAUGUAGACUUCAGUGUACAGUGUAGAUGAAUAGUGAAUGAAUUCGAAACAUCUCUAAAUUUAGAUAAUUUUACCUAGAUGUUGUCACUGCAUAAAUCUGCUUUGAAAUGUUUCUUCCCACACACACUACUUCACUCUGAAGUCACAAACUACAUCAUUUCUUCAGUCCGAAGCUAACACUUGUAAAAUUUUGCACAUAGCCUCCUUCAAACUGACACUCUAUUGUCAGUGCACACCAACACGUCACAUGCACACCACCUCAGACUCUCACACACACUGAUGCUAGCCCUUAUCUUAGAUGUAGACUGUGCAUAGUUUUAUCAACAGUUGCUUCGAGUGAAAUGUCAACUAAGAAAAGACUCUUAUAACAUCCCACCAUUGUGUCUAUCGGUGAUCACUGUAGUAUUAUGAGUGAGGUGCCAAAACUGUUUGUCAUCAUAUGUACUCAAGAAACUUUAUUUAACAAUGAUUUGGGUCACUGUGAGGGACCUACAGCCUUGUGAAAUUGUGACGUACUAUGGCUUGUGGAGCAACUAUGUGUGCAGGUGUGUAUGUUUGUGUGUGUGUGUGUGUGUGUGUGUGUGUGUGUGUGUGUGUGUGUGUGUGUGUGUGUGUGUGUGUGUGUGUGUGUGUGUGUGUGUGUGUGUGAGAGAGAGAGAGAGAGAGAGAGAGAGAGAGAGUGAUCACGUUUGCACCAGUUAUAGUACAAGUGCAAUGCGUUCCCAGCCAUUGUUGUGUGACAGUGAACCAGUAUGUUGGUGACCCAGUGAGGGAAGGGUCACAGAAGGACAAGGAAGGGGCUCUGCAUGGUGCCAAAUGGAUUAUUGUGUUCAUUGUAACUCCACAGAAUUGUUUUGUCGUGCAUUCUUGUGAGUGCAAGUGGAAGGUCCUUUUUCUGGUGUGAUUUAAAAGAUGUGUGACAAAAAUACUUGCUUUGUUACUUUUACUGACAUAAUGAAUUUUGUGAUAUAUAAGUAAUGUGUGAAUGGGAAAGGCAGGCAAAGUUUUGAAAGAUAGAAUAUAAGGCAGAUUAAGUUUUGAAAGAUUAAGUAACAAUACCCAGCAAUGUGAUGAUUUUUUAAGUAAGAAUGGUGUUUGGGACUAACAAAAUUUUGUGUUAUCUGUCUACUUAUGUACUUGCUGAUAUUCCAACAAAGAGAGAUAGAAUAGAGAAACUUAAACGGUUAAAUGAAUAGAGUACGUGUCUUUCUAUAUUGAGCAGCCUUCUUUCCAAUUUUUUUUGACCAGUCUCUCUUAUACAAAAAAUACUUCAGGAUAUAAUUCAAGUGUAGCAGUAUUUGAGAAUAAUAGCCCAUCUCACAUGAUCAGCUAGAUUAAUCUGAGGCUUAAUAUUCAAGGAUGAGUGUGCUGGGAAUCAAAGCAUUUAACCUAACCUAACAAACAUAACCAGACUUUAUGGUGACAGGGAUAUUUCAGCAUUUCAUGACAUCUCUUCAUUCAAACUUACAUGCUUUGCUCUUUGCUCCUUUUCAGCAGUGUUAUUUAUUUACUUUGGUAUUUAUUAUAUCUAUUUGGGUAUAUACAUAGUAUUUAUUUAUUUAUUCAUGCUUGUCAUAUGAAGAAGGAAUGUUGCAUAAGAAGAGAUCCCUUUUCUCUAGCUUUCUUCUGUUCUUAUCUUGAUCAAUGAGCUUCAAGUCAUGAAAAAACAUGCAUAACAUAAGGAAGUAAAAACAUUAAUUAUAUCUGCCUAAUGCUUCUGUGGUCUUCAAAUGUGUGUCUUGUAUUGAUUGAAGGUGAUAUUUAUGUAUGUGUAUUAUGAAUUUUAAAGAUGUGUUUGUGUGUGUAUGUGUGUGUGUGUGUGUGUGUGUGUGUGUGUGUGUGUGUGUGUGUGUGUGUGUGUGUGUGUGUGUGUGUGUAAAGCACAGGUUUAGAAAUUUGUUAGCAUUUGUUACAAAUUAUUUUUUGACUCAUGCCUUGUACGAAUUAUGAUAGAUUCCUUAACAUGUUUUAUAAGAAAGUUUGGGGAGCAUAGGCUAUAGCAAAAAGAAAGAAGAGAGGGAAGUCAUAGGUUGAAGAAAGGACCCUAGCUAGUCAUGAACUUUUCAUUCACUGGACGCAUUUCUGACAUGAAGUUAGUGUGAUGUAAGAGGAAAGUACGUACAAUUUGACUUUUAUCUUUCGUAUUCAGUUAGUUAGUAUUGUGUCUAUCACCAGCCACCACCACCAGCAGGACAGGGAGUGUGGCUGAGUCGGGGCUCGAGCAGAGAGUUACAGUGAGGCCAUUACUUGUCUGAGCCUUGAAGAUGUUACUGGAGUCAGGCAGCAGAAUGUUGUAUCAAAAGGUUUGUUGAAAGUAGUUUGUUUGUAGACCUUUUCAUGAGUACUCUCUCUCCUUUUCUUUUUUAAGUUCUAAUGUGGCCUCAGGUAUAAGUUUUGUGUUGAGUCUCCUGAUACUGUCAGUGGUGAGGGCUGAGGCUGUUGUUGAAUGUUUUAUGUAUGUUGUUUAACUUAUUUGAAUAUUCGUGUUUUUAUUUGUACUUACGUACAUCUUAUAUGUCCGAGUGAUAAUGUGGCAAAACAAAACAGCAUUUAUUAUUUUAGUUCUCAUAAAGUUUGUUACAUUGUCGUUCCAAUGAAGUAGGUAUAAUAUAUUUAGUUAAUUGUUGGGAAUGCUGGUACUUUAACUGAAGACUUGAAUAUAUAAUGUGCAAUAAAUUAACUGUAAUUGUAAGGACAUUGAUAUACUGCAAAUACUGUUAUGUAUUUAUCCUACAACUAUUUAUUUCCUAGACUUUUAUGAAAAAUAUGUCCAUCACCAUCACCUCCAUCAUUAGGGAACAACACAUGAUCAUGUUACUACAGACAAAAACUAGGAAACACCUCCUCUUGUGUUUAUUGUUUCACAUGUGACCUAGUAGAUGGCAUAAACACAUCCAUAAUUUUAUUGAAUGUGCAUACAAUAAUCCUAAAUCAGGUUCCCAUAGAUACUGGGCUGAAAUGAGAUUUUAUCAUCAGGAAUUUAUUUUGUUUUAUUUAUCUAUUUAACUACUUCCAAAGACAUGAUUGCACAACAUUACAAACUGUAAUGAAAAAUAGACCGUCAAUACAGUAUAUACAUAAUACAUUCCUAGAGAACAUUCUUAAAGGCUUGUACUAUCCUGGCUGGAGUCAAGCUGCUUCAUAUGUGUGUAUGGCUAGUAGCAUGAAGGAUCCACACCAUCCACACUUACCUGGCUGUAAAAAAAAACAGAAGAAAAGUGUUUGUAUAUAGAGAAUAAGAGGAAUGACAGGAUGCCAUGUGUUGGAUAGGUGACAUGAAAAAUGACAUAGCAUAAGAAGUGGCAUAAUGUGGGUAAUGGGGUGUGAGGGAUUGGUGGAGGUAGAGUUUGAAGGUUAUAAAAAAGAUAAUUAUUCAGAUAUGUUUUUGAGAAAUUCCAUCUCAUAAUUAUCUUCUAACGUUGAUUAAAAGACUGUUAAAGAAUCACUGUGCUUGGGCUAAAGAGAAUAAAGAUUGAGAUAAGUUUUCUAGAAAUUCCAUUAUGUACUUAUUCUUUAGGGCUUAACCUGAGAAAAUAGAGAAUGAAGGCCACAGACACCCCAUAGCCCAGCCUGGUUUUGUCUCUGCCACACCCACACCCGAGGGAGGAGGGAGGGAGGGUUCAUGGGUGUGGCAUGUGUCCCCGGUGGCCCAGUGUGCAUGUGAGGGGCUGCUGCUCCCUGCACUGGUGUGGGCGACCGCCUAACCCCGCCAACCAGGUUAUGGUGACAAUUGUUUGAUUAUAUGAUAUAAUACUGAUAGUUAAUAUUUUUUCACACAUUAAAAAAAUUUGAUGAAA